AUCGCGCUUCGCCUCGCCUCCCGUCGCGGCGCACCCCCCCCCCCCCCCCCCCCCCCCCGCACGCGCUUCGCUUUGCCGCCGCGGUCUCCGGAAUGGACGUGCUGUCGACGCAGCCGGCGUGGGCGCUGGCGCUGGCCGGGGUGGGCCUCCUCGUGGCGGCGGCCGCCUCGGCGCGCCUGGCGAGGUGGCUCUACGCGGCGUUCCUCCGCCCGGGGAAGCCCCUGCGGCGGCGGUACGGGGCGUGGGCGGUCGUGACGGGGGCCACCGACGGCAUCGGGCGCGCCAUGGCGUUCCGCUUCGCCUCCGUCGGGAUGGGCGUCGUGCUCGUCGGCCGCAGCCCCGACAAGCUCGCCGCCGUGUCCGGGGAGAUCAGGGAGAGGCACCCCAGGGUCGAGGUCCGCACCUUCGUCCUCGACUUCGCCGCCGAGGGGCUCGCCGCCAAGGUGGAGGCGCUCAGGGACUCCAUCCGGGGGCUCGACGUCGGGGUGCUCGUCAACAGCGCCGGCAUGUCCUAUCCGUACGCGCGCUACUUCCACGAGGUGGACGAGGAACUGAUGCGGAACCUCAUCCGCCUCAACGUCGAGGCACUCACGCGUGUCACCCACGCCGUUCUCCCUGGCAUGGUGGAGCGCAAGCGCGGCGCCAUCGUCAACAUCGGCUCCGGCGCCUCCUCCAUCCUUCCGUCCUACCCGCUCUACAGCAUCUACGCCGCCACCAAGGCGUAUGUUGAUCAAUUCUCGAGGUGCCUCUAUGUUGAGUACAAGAACAAGGGCAUCGAUGUGCAGUGCCAGGUACCCCUGUACGCGGCGACGAAGAUGGCGUCCAUCAAGAAGGCGUCCUUCUUCGCGCCGUCGCCGGAGACGUACGCCCGCGCCGCCGUGCGCUACAUCGGGUACGAGCCGAGGUGCACGCCCUACUGGCCGCACGCGGUGCUGUGGUUCCUCAUCUCCGCGUUCCCGGAGCCCAUCGUCGACAGGUUCCUCCUCAACAUGUCCGUCGGCAUCCGCAAGAAGGGCCAGGCCAAGGACGCCAGGAAGAAGACGCUGUGACGAACGACAAGAGAAUCGAAUCGAGUGAUACUGUACUUUCUCCUCCGUAGCCUCCAGGCGUUGCGCGUUCACCCGUCUUUUCUUGAUUAAUUUCUCCUAAUCACGGCGACGAACUGAUAGUUGGUUUCAUGUAAGAUUAAGAAUUUAAAGGCCAUGUGACACGGACUCGAUCUGGCUUUUUUUUUUUAAAUAAAGCGCUCUUGCCUUUUGCUAACA